AUUUAAUGGUUCAUUCAAGAAAAUGAAGUUGUUUACUUAGCUUGUAUUGAAGUGGCUAAUGUCUCGGAUAACUCGGACUGUACUUCACAUUUUUUACGUCGAUUCAUCAGAACCUGGUCGCGUUGCAAAUUGAAUCUGUAAGGCAUUCUUCUAAAAAAAGUGAUUGGUUUUUAUAAGAAAUUAUCACAUUUAAAAAUUGGAAUUAGGAGUUAUAUCUGCGUGACAUGUGGGUGGUCAAGUAUAACUCCGUGUCUGCAAGUGAAAUGCGAAGGGAAGAUAAAAAAAAAGGUAUCACUCCUCAAAACUGACAACUAGAAUGUAAAACAAAAAUCGUUUUACGAGGAAUUAUGUACCUUAAAUAAAAAGUCUGUUCUUUCCGAAAUUUCAGGAUUCUUCAAUGUAACACACCAGUCAGACAUGAGAAAUAAAUAAUCUAAUAAAACCAAUCGCUUUUUUCCUUGAUGGUUCUAUCAUAUCGAUUCCAAACGAAGGAAAUGGGCAUUUUCUUCAGAGGUUGCCCAGAGCUUCAACUUGAAGCACAUAAAAAUUUAAACAUACGAAAGAUGGCACAAGGCCACCUUUAAGCAGCGCUACACAAUUAUUCAGUGUCACAACUUCUUGUCCUCAGACGGCGAUGUGUAAAGCGGCGCCCCGCUGGUAUUCAUCUUGGCCAUAGCCGGGUAUUAGUGAUAGACGCAGAAAUACUUUUCCUUUGACGGAAUCAUAUGUGCAGUUGAGGAAAUACAUGAUUCAAGUGAGAAAUAUAGCUUUACUCUAUAUAGAAGCUCUGUGAUGCAGCAUGGGACGUGAUGGAAUUUUCAGGAGAGGAAGACUAUCUUGAAGAAAAGUGUGGUUGGAAUCACUCCUUGAACAUCUUAGCCAGGCUCUCCCAGAGAAUUUCUGUUGUGUGCCUGUUGGUGCCUGUACAAUAUAGCGAAUCAAAAUCACGCAGAGAAACAACCCUUAGGUCAGGUUACUGCAACUUGAUAACAAGUGGACGCUGUCUAAUGAAGAUAGGAGCAGGCAGCACGGGCAAAAGAAGAGUUAGCAUUGAUGGCGCUUUUACGACAGACCUGGCAACAAGAUUUACAAUUGUCAAGAUAAAGGACUCGUCAGGGAAAACAAGAGGAAAAUGUAUUGAAUUUACGACGAGCAGCCAAGUGAAGUAUGCACUGAAGGUCGUCAAUCCAAGCAAUAUCGUUUUUGAGAAAAAGCCCAAAGGCUGCGACUACACCAACAUCUCUGAUGACUUCAUUUUUAAAGAAUCUAGACAUUACCGCAUGAACUAUUUUACAUACACUUACAACUCGAAGUGUCUUGCUGCAAAAACAGAUGGCAAGUUAUUCUUAAAAACUAUUAAAGAUGUGAGUAAAGAUAAUCAAUGUAAAUACAGUCUCCACCGUUAUUCGUAG